AUGUCCAAUCGCCCUUCAACUUUACAAUAAUAAUUAGAAACCCUUGUGGAGUUUCUUGAACAAAAUCCCGGAAUCGCGAGGGGUUUUUUAAGAACUUCGCUAGGGAAACAAGAAAGUAAACAAAAAUGGGCAGAAAUAGCUGUUACUUUGAACGCUCUAGGCGGCGUCAUCAAGGAUGGACCCGGAUGGUCAAAGUACUGGGCUGAAAAAAAAUGCAGCCUGAAGAAGCUGUGUUCCCAAUAUGCAGCUUCUAUCCGGCGGACUGGUGGAGGAGAAGGUGAAAGAUGCUCGCUGUCCCAGUUAGACAAACGGCUUGUAGCAGUGAUGGGAGGCACAAGUUUUGCGUCUGGUGACAGCGAGCUAGCUGUAAAUCCUUUCCCACAAAUGCAUUCUUCUGUUGUAGAAUCUGAGUCGACUUCUACAAUAUUAGAAUUUAGCGAAAUGGAUGUUGAAAUCAUCUCUGUUCCUCCGCCAAAUUUAGCUACUUCAGGAACCUCAAGGGCUGAAACGGCUGCUGCUCCUGACGCAGUACCACCUCAAACUAGUACCAAUACAAACACCUCUCGUCGUCGGUCACGUCGUUUACUCUCUAGGACAAUUGAUACCGAGAUGGACCGUAUGGCAAGGAUUGAGGAACGACGCGUUGAGGCUGAGAGGUUGAGUGCAGAGGCCUUAUCCGACACGAGCCGAAGACUAGAGAGGCUCGCAGAUGCUGCCGAGCAAAUAGCUGUUGCCAUAACGGGGGUGGCCAAUGCUCUUCAACAAAUAGCAAAUAAUUUAGGAAGGACCUAA